AAAUCACAAAGAAUAAAAAGGCAUAUGAAAGAGCAGUCGGUAUUUGAAAACAUAGCUCGAAAUUUUUUUGAUUUUCGAAGAUCCACUUUUUAUCAAUUCACUGUUCUGGCAGAGCCUACAAUUAAUUGACAUACUAUGAUACCAAAUAACGGAAAGAGAAAAGCAAGUACAAAUGCCUCUUCGCCUCCGCCAUCAAAGAGGUCGCCUUAUCAUGCGUUUUCACCUCCUCAUUCUUCUAAUUUGGCCACCAGUCCACCUCAUUACCCUUAUCACUAUCAACAAUCACCACCACCAUCAACAUCAUCUUCACCACAGCAGCAUCACCAUCACAACCGCCCGUUGACAACAGCAGCAGCAGCAGUAGCCGCUAUUAAAAGAAGUAGUAGUUCGACAAGUGUUAACAACAGUAAUUACGGAUCAACGUCACGGUGGUCUUCCUCACCGUCUGCGGGAGGUGGAGGAUAUAGAAGACAGAGUAGUAGUACUGGACCGCCAUCACGACAAGGCUCAGUAGAUACCGAUCGUGAAGGUAGUGUAACCAACAGUAUAACAGCAGCCGAUGACGAGAAUAAUGGAACAGCAGUCAAACGUGAGGAGACUGGUAAUGAAGCAGGCUCAAUGGCAGUGACUAGCAGCAACACUAAAGAUGGAGGCAGUGCUAGUAAUACAGAGAAGGCAGCAAAAGAUGGCGGCGCCAAUGAAGUAGAAGGUGAAGAAGAUGAAAAGGAAGAUGUAGUAGUAGAUAUGGAUGCUCGUAUGCAGGCACAAAUGGAAAAGGCAAAGGAAGACAUGAAGAUUUUAUUAGAGAAUUUCUCAGAGGAUCAAUUAAAGAGAUAUGAAGGUUAUCGUCGUUCGGCUUUGAAUCGAACGAAUGUGAAAAGGUUGGUGAGUCAAGUACUCAAUCAGCAAUGCUCUCAAACAAUGGCAUUUGUAGUGGCUGGUUUUUCAAAGGUUUAUGUGGGUGAGAUAGUCGAAAAAGCCAAAGAAAUCAUGGAGGAAUGGGGCCAUCAAGGGCCGAUCCGACCAGAACAUUUACGCGAAGCACAUAGAAGAUAUAAGAAAGAAAGAACAGACACUACUUUGUUGGGAAGAAAACUCUAACUAUUGUUCAUCUAUUUAUUUUCAUCGGCUCGGCUUUAAAGAUGUCACUCACAGUUUGACGGAUCUUGUACGACCACGGAACUAUAUAAGGAGAUCUGCAAACAAUAACCAUUUACCUAAAUAAUAAAAUAAUUGUUUCCUGAGGUGGGAUUCUUUAGUCU